AUGAGCAAAGAAAGACUAGGACUCAGUCAUCGUUUCCUUCCUUAUUUCUUCUCAAUUCCCAUAUUCUGGUAUUUGCUUCAACUCCACGACUUACAUUUGUCUCGAAAAUGGCUUCCCCGAACGAAAACGAUAAGAUUCCCACGCUCAUCAUCUCGUACUAGGGCUUUCCCUUCAAGGACUCGUAGCGUUCCCCUCGAAAUCGACGACUCGAGUGUGGUUUUAGGCUACGCAGGUUCUCCUCAGAGACAGAGACGUCCUCCUUUAGUGCCAAUGGCUGGUCCUAUUUCCUCUACUCGUAGACCUGAACCUCUCCUCUUGAGAUCUGGUAGGCUGGGGAUGUGUAAUGAUCCUUACUGUACCACGUGUCCUUCUCACUACAAUCUCAACGGAUCCCAACGUUCCACUCUUACAGUUUCCGUGGAUUCCACAUUCCGUAAUGCUCUGUAUGAUGGUGCUAGAGGUCGGGCUAGACGAUUUGCUUCCUCUGUUAAUAGAUGCUUACCUCGAAUCAUGAAUCCUCAUUCGAAAGCCGUUCAAUGGUGGGCUAAAUUCUUUGCCCUCUCAAGCUUGGUAGCUAUUUUCAUAGAUCCCCUCUUCUUCUUCCUCAUGUAUGUCCAACAGAACGACAAAUGCAUAAUCUUUGAUUGGCCAAACAUUAUGGGAUUUGUAACUGUUAGAACUUUAGUGGAUGUUAUUUUCUUAGCUAACAUUCUGCUUCAGUUCCGAUUGGCAUAUGUGGCUCGUGAGUCUGGCCAGUUGGUUGAUAGUCCAAAAAAAAUUGCUCUCCAUUACUUGCUAAGAUAUUUCUUCCUCGACCUGUUCAUAGUGUUACCACUUCCCCAGAUAUUGAUAUUCUUGGUAAUAGAGACACACUUAGGCACAUCCGGGGUUAACAAUUCUUGCCCAAUUCAUUCUAAAGCUAUACAGACUUCUACCUCUGCUUGCUGGACAAACACCGACAGGCUUCAUCUUUGA